CCUCCAUUUCGACCUCAAUUCAGCCACCUCUUGCUGCUCGUUGCUCCUCCUCCUCCUCCGUCUCUCCUCUUGGUUAAACUCCCAUUCAUUGUAUCCUUCCCCGAAAUGGUGGUUAGUAAGAUCCCACAUCCGUCUGAUAGGGGUUGGAGAAGGGAAGGAAACAUUCCUUAGAAGAAUAGGGGUUAGAGAAGGGAACAAAACAUUCCUUAUAAAUAUGGACAACGGUGCAGGUCUCAGUUUGUAUCCACUACAUCGAUGCAAAACAAUUCACCUGGUCAGGCAUGCGCAAGGAAUCCACAAUGUUGAUGGAGAUAAGAGCUAUAAAGCAUAUAUGCGUCCUGAAUUUUUUGAUGCCCACAUUACUCAGCUUGGAUGGCAGCAGAUUGAUAAUUUGCGCAAGCAUGUUCAUGCAUCUGGUCUUUCAAGGAAGAUUGAAUUGGUAGUAACAUCCCCUUUGCUCAGGACUCUACAAACCGCUGUUGGAGUAUUUGGUGGUGAAGGCUAUACAACUGGAAUGGACGUGCUGCCACUAAUGAUUGCAAAUGCUGGCAAUAGUGCACGAGCUGCAAUUUCAAGUCUAAACUGCCCACCUAUUGCUGCUGUUGAGCUUUGUCGUGAACAUUUGGGAGUUCAUCCUUGUGAUAAGAGGAGAAACAUCAGCGACUAUCAAUUCCUCUUUCCUGCAGUUGAUUUUUCACUGAUAGAAAGUGACGAGGAUGUAUUGUGGAAGGCUGACAUUAGAGAGACAAAGGAAGAGCUGGCAGCCAGAGGCUUGCAAUUCCUGAACUGGUUGUGGACAAGGAAGGAGAAGGAGAUAGCCGUUGUUACUCAUAGUGGAUUUUUGUUUCAUACUCUAACUGCGUUUGGAAAUGACUGUCACCCUUCGGUGAAAAAGGAAAUAUGCACACAAUUUGCAAAUUGCGAGCUUCGAUCCAUUGUCAUAGUAGAUAGAAGUAUGGUCGGGUCGGAUUCCUCGACAACUAAUUAUCCUGGAAAGAUACCUCCGGGGCUGGAUAUCCCUAGUGAUGCUGUGGAUGACAAAAGCAUGAAGGAAGAGAAACAACCAGUCGAUUCGGGACCGAAGGUACAUGAAAAUAUGUAAGUCUUAUACGGCUAUAGAUAGAGAGAUAUUCAACUGCUGAGUUUCAUUUAUACAAACAAGUAUUUUUGAAACUGCCUUAUCUAGACACAGCACAACACCUAUAUAUUUACUUCGAUUAUCUGCAUUUCAAGAAUUUGUGCUUUGAGGAUUUCUCCAGUUGAGCUACAAAGUCUACACUUAAUAUAUGAAUUUUCUUUUUCUUUUUUUCA